UUCUAGAAAUGUCAAGUUCACUUUGUGAAAUACACAACUUCGAGUAAAACCACGUCAGUCUUUGAAAAUUCUUAAUAAUCCGUGAUAACAAGUGAUUAGUUGAAGGAAUGUUGUUGAGUCUUAGUUCGUGACACGCCCGCGUUUUUCCAACAUGCCUAAGAGUCUUCUCGAAGAGAUAAAACUAUCAAAUUGGAGACGAAAAAUGAACCACUUUACUCACUUUGCAAUCUUCUUCAUGGGCAUCUUCUGCUCAAUUUGUGUGAUAUUCUUCACGAAAAACUAUUCAGGAGUUGAUAAGACUAAAUUCAGCCUACCCAGUGAAAAUUUCCUGCAAGUUCGAGAUGAUUAUCAAGUUCGGAAGUUCCUAGAUUCGUCAGAACACCCAGAAACUGCAGAUGUCGUUGGGCAGAAGAAUGAGGCACUGUCCAUCGUGAAGAUUGCUGAAGAGUUCAAGAGGGAUGGAAAGGAAGACAAAGCCCUCAAACUCUUUGAGCAUGCAAUAGCACUGGCUCCCAAGCAUCCAGAAAUCCUCACAAAGUACGGAGAAUUUCUGGAACACUCGCAGAGGGACGUGGUUAAAGCUGAUCAGAUGUACUUCCAAGCCUUGAUUGUAAAUCCUAAGCACGAUGCAGCUCUGCAAAAUCGAAGGAGAACGGCGAAUAUCGUAGACAGUCUGGACCAGGAGAUCCUGACGGAGCUAGACAAGAAAAGAGAUGCUCUAUCCCAAAUUCACGAGUCCAGUGCAGCUCUCCGCAGAGCCAAGAAAGAAGCCUACUUCCAGCACAUUUACCAUUCCGUGGGAAUCGAGGGUAACACCAUGUCGCUGUCUCAGACCCGAACAAUCCUGGAGACAAGGAUGGCUGUGGCUGGGAAGAGUAUCGAUGAGCACAAUGAGAUUCUUGGGCUGGACUCUGCUCUAAAGUUCAUCAAUGCGAGCCUUGUGAAUAGGAACGACUUUAUCAGCCUUAAAGACAUUCUAGAGAUCCACAAGAGAGUUCUGGGUCAUGUGGAUCCCGUGGAAGGAGGAGUUUUACGCACAACUCAAGUUUACGUUGGAGGACACAUUCCUCCGGGUCCUGGAGACCUUCAAAUCCUCAUGAGUCGCUUCGAGCAGUGGCUGAAUUCCCCACAAACUGUAGCUCUCCAUCCUGUAAAGUUAGCUGCCCUUGCUCACUACAAACUAGUUCACAUUCAUCCUUUUGCCGAUGGUAAUGGUAGAACUUCGAGACUGCUGAUGAAUACUAUUCUCAUGAGAGCUGGCUAUCCUCCGGCAAUUAUUGCAAAGCAGCAACGGCUGCAGUACUACAAUGCUCUGCAAACGGCCAAUGAGGGAGAUGUUCGUCCCUUUGUCCGGUUUAUAGCUGAAUGCACAGGGAGGACCCUUGACCUCUACCUCUGGGCAACGGGGAGCCUUACUCCGCAAAUUCCGCUAAUGACAGAUCAAGAGGACGGAGGAAUGGUGCUUAAAGUUGAACCAGAAUCCGAAGGAAGCGGAGAAAAUCGGAUAAAGGACGACGGAUGACAUUUGCAGGGGUCCCUGACCCUACCGCCAAUUUUAGCCAUUUUACUGAAGAAUUAUUUAUUGCACUUGUAAAAUACCUCAAAUAAAACAGGGAAUUAUUUUCAA